AUGUUCACCAAACAAACUCUUCUCGCGUUCGUCGGGGCCCUGGCCUUGGCUGCGGCCAAGACUACCACUGAAGUGAACCCAACUCAGGCUGAAAUCGAUGCAGACCGUCUUACAGCCCGGCCUUACUCUCCUGUGUCAAACGUGAGGGGCUUGGUUUUUGAUCGAUUCGUGAACAUCUGGCUUGAGAACACGGACUACGAAACCGCUGCUGCUGACGCGAACCUGGCUAAGCUGGCUAAGGAGGGUAUCCUCCUGACCAACUACUUUGCUGUCACCCACCCCUCGGAACCCAACUACUGUGCUUCCGCCGGUGGUGACACAUUUGGCAUGGACAGUGACGACUUCCUGCAGAUCCCCGCCAAUGUCUCAACUAUUGCCGAUCUGUUUGAUACCAGGCAUAUCGCUUGGGGUGAGUACCAAGAGGACAUGCCCUAUGCCGGCUACCAGGGCAUGCGGUACCCCCUCAGCGGCGCGAACCAGUACGUGCGCAAGCACAACCCGCUGGUUCUGUAUGACUCGGUUACCAACGACGCCGUGCGCCCGCGUCAAAUCAAGAAUUUCACCACUUUCUACGAUGACCUGGAACACCACCGCCUUCCCCAACACAUGUUCAUCACACCGAACAUGACCAACGACGCUCACGAUACCAACAUCGGUGUGGCCGGCAACUGGGUCGAAAGCUUCCUGCCUCCCCUGUUGAAAAACGAAUACUUCAGCAAGAACAGCCUGGUGUUGCUCACCUUUGACGAGUCAGGCAACUACACCCACCCCAACCGGGUCUUCAGCGUCCUGGUUGGAGGUGCUGUCCCCCAACACCUGAAGGGUACCACCGACGACACUUUCUACACACACUACUCAAUCAUUGCCUCCCUGUCCGCUAACUGGGGUCUGCCAUCGCUUGGCCGCUGGGAUUGUGGCGCCAACCUGCUAGACAUUGUCGCUGAAAGGACCGGCUACGUCAACUGGGAAGUGGAUCUCAGCAGUGCCUACCUCAACCAGACUUACCCUGGCCCCCUGUCUGACUCGCAUUAUUCCGCCAAGUGGCCCGUUCCUCUCACCGAUGGCGAGUGCUCUGCUGGUAAUGGUAUUGCUAAGGUCGUGAAGAAGACCUACCACGGUCUUCACGCUACCCGCGACUACACCAGUCCUGUGCCGUAUGACGAGGCCAGUGGAAACAACCUGGGCAUCAAGUACUCGCGUACUCUGAAGCAUGGUAAGAAGCAGUCUGGUAUCACUGGGAACCAAUAA